UGUCGCAUAACGUUAUCUGGACCGCCUCAGGAUUCGACAACCAACAAGCACCACAUAGGGGCUCCUGAAUGCAAACGGACAAGAGAGAGGAGGGUAUCGAGUCAUGAGUCUGAGAGGAUACUGAAUACUGUGACAAUUCGAGUCGGCAAACUCCUCAAUUUCGAACUCUGAGCGGUCCGAAAGCAUCGGGUGCAAAACCAGGACACCCGACAAACAACCCCAUUCCAGCACUUCACCUCCUGGACGAGCACAACAGAUAUAUCCUCCUCAUCAGCUGUUUUACCCACAAUGGCGUCCAAGGCCAUGUGGGAGGUCGAUCCUGAGACCAGAUCCAAACUCGUCGGGAUUCAGGCCGAAGGUAAAAACAACCUGUGCUGCGACUGCGGCGCGCCGUCGCCACAGUGGGCCUCGCCCAAGUUCGGCGUCUUUAUUUGCCUGUCGUGCGCCGGCGUCCACCGGGGCCUGGGCGUGCACAUCUCGUUUGUGCGGUCCAUCUCGAUGGACGCGUUCAAGGCGGCCGAAAUCGAGCGCAUGCGGCUCGGUGGGAAUGAGAAUUGGCGACGGUUCUUUGAGGAGCAUGAGGAUACCAAGAUGAGGGGGCUCAGCUGGGACGACGCGACGAUUGCGGAGCGGUAUGGCGGGGAGGUUGGGGAGGAGUGGAAGGAGCGGUUGAGUGCCAAGGUCGAGGGGAGGGAAUAUGUCCCUGGGGAGAAGAAAGGGGGCACGGCGGCGGGGAGGGAAGGAGGGAGUGCGAGUGCGAGUCCGGCGCCGAGUGCGGCGUCGGCGUCGGCCGUGCCGACGAGAAGUGGGCCUGGCGCGGGCACGCCGCUGGUGGGGAGUAGGAAUGCCAGUCCCGGUCCGGGGAAGAUCAAGGUGGAUGUGGACUACUUUGCCAAACUGGGCGAGCGGAAUGCGCAGCGGCCGGACGAUCUGCCGCCGAGUCAAGGAGGGAAGUACAGCGGCUUUGGCAGCUCGGCGCCGCGGCCGCAGAGGGAAGAGCAAGGCCUGCCUGGGCUGGAUGACCUGCAAAAGGAUCCCGUGGCCGCGAUUACCAAGGGGUUCGGCUGGUUCGCAUCGACCGUCUCCAAGACGGCGAAGACGGUCAAUGAGGGGUUCAUUCAGCCAACAGCAAAGCAGAUAGCCGAAUCCGACCUUGCAGCCCAAGCCCGCCUCGCCGCCGCUCAAGCAGCUCGGUCGGCACAGGCUGGCGCCAAGUCGGCGCAGGAAGGGUUGAGCCGCUUCGUCGAGGGCCCAUCUGGCAGCGGCUAUAAGCCGGUUAACAGCGAAAAUUUUGACGAGAGCAAGCGGUCCUUCUGGGACGAGUUCUCUGCCGCUGCCGAUCAGAGGAAGAAGACGGGCAGCUCAAUAGGCACGUCGGCCAUGGGCAAGGGCGGGAGCAGGCAGGGUGGCUCGCACGGGCCAGCGGGAGGGAGUGCCAAGGAGGAGUGGGAUGAUUGGUGAUGAUAAUGGGCGACGGCGACGGCAGACAGGUUUAGCAGUUGGAGUGGAGUUAGGCAUUGCAUAGUGCCGGGAGUUUGCAAGCCCUGGUGUAGCGAAACCGAUUUCCGUUUAUGCGCUCUCGAAUCGCGGACAUAUAAACGCGAUAGAGUGCGAAUGUCAUGUUGAUAACUGUCACAUGGGAAUCUGGAAGCCAACUCAGGGUUAGGGUAAGGUUAGCGCAA